AACACACGUCGUUGUUCAGUAGAAUAGGAUAGCGCCAAAGCAGUAAUAACAGUCACCAGAGAGGUCUGGUCUUAACAUUGGUAAAAAAAAGACGGUUGAUGAGCGUUCAGUCAGGUUGUGCAUACAAUGAAAUCAUGGAACCAAUCAGAUUCUGUGUUCGAUGGUGAUGGAACAUUUUCUGCUCUGGAAGUUUUUGGCAUAUGUCUUCAAGUGAUUGGCAUCAUCGAGAACAUUAUUGUGGUGAUUCUACUAUUUUCAAGACCAAAACUUCGAAAACGUGCUCAUGAGUUUUUCAUACUUUGCUUGAGCUUCAGCGAUUUACUUGUAUGUAGUACUAGCCUUAUAUAUUACAUACGACUUUAUAUCAAAACUGAUAUUUCAUCGGAGUUAUUUUGCAGAACGAUCUAUAUCGGAUGGGUCCUGUUUUACGGCACUUCCCUAUUUCUUGGAUUUUUGAUUUCUCUAGAGAGAUUUAAUGCUGUGAAAUUUCAAAGCCAUUCUACGUUCCCCGGGAAAUCUAAAUACUACGUUACUAUCAUACCAACUACACUGCUGUUGAUUUUAGUUGUUAUCAUAGUGAACAGCGUGGAAACUACGGGAUAUUAUCAUCGCUGUAAGGUUGAACGAAUGUAUUCCUAUAACAAUUUGGUUUUCAUACUUGUUUGUACCCAGCUGAUCGUCAUCUUGCCUUUAGUGUUAUUAACCAUUGUCUUGUACGGGGCUGCUGUCUGCAAACUGACAUCUUUACUAAGAAAACAACAACGUGUCAUUAAAGAGAGGAAUCGUCUUAUAGACAUUGGGACAUGCAUACCAACUUAUUUCACAUACUUAAAAUUGAAAUUAAAAGCAAACAAUCUUCAAUCAACUCCGUCAAAGAAAACUGACAGACAUUUUAACAUCCCAUUACUCUGUAAAACUGGCAGGAAAAGUAUCAAUAAUUCCAAAAUUCACCAUAACGCACAGUUUGGUCCAGACCCAGCUUUCAAACAUAACAAUCGCUGUACUAACAGGACAAAGAAGCUGAAAACAGCUCUGAUAACUGUUCUCAUUAUUCUGAUUACAUUGUUUAUUACGUUUAUCCCACACUCCGUUAUCCAAAUGUUAAAGUUGGUACAUAUCCAUCUCCCUGCUGUGGAGUUAAGUACAAGAGUAAUACUUAUUGCACAUCCUGUGGUCAAUCCCAUUUUGUAUGUUUGGCGAAUUAAAACGAUCAGGAAAGAACUGAGGUGUUAUAUUUAAGACGGAAGAUAAAUCCGUAAUCAUAUCACUGAAAAUGAUAAUGAAUAUGUUUAAAGUCUUCAUUUUUUUAAUCCGUUUAUUUAGGGAAAUUACGCAAUGAUUAAACCUUGGGAACUAUAGGUUUCCCCUGUCCGUCUUGUACGUAGGUACUUUACGCGAAAAACAUUGUCAGCGCUCUCGCAGCUUAAUUCCUGUAGGGACUUUGAUCAAACUUCAUGCAAUGGGAUUUAAGGCCAAGGUCGCUAUUACUUUUUUUAGCGGGGACCGGUAGGGGACAUGCAUAUUUUUGUGAGGAAGCAAUUCGAGUUAAUCUAUUGAAAAAAGUAACAGAAAUAGAAACAAGGAGAGCUGACAAAGCGGAGGCUUAGGAUAUAAGUAAAAAAUAUAUACUAUACAUAUAUACAUGUAUAUAUAUAUAUUACCAUUUAAAAUAAUAACAAUGGAAACCACCAUACAGGUGAUAAUAAACCCAUUGUCCGUUAAAUCAUAAUGUCCGAAAUGAGAAAGAACUACAGAAACUUGGAAGUGCCCUCCUCAUCGAUCAUCAAUCUAUCACUACAUAGCUCGAGCUCGUCAUCGGCUGUCUCCAUAGAGCGCUGCAGUAGCCGCUGUUCAUGUACCAGAUCUCCACUGAUGUGAGCUGUUGGGAAUAGCCAUGGUGUCUUCUCUUUAGAAUCCUCCCUCAUCCUCGAAUGUACGGUUUCCGGCAUCCACGGAGCCGCUCCACGAGACGCGGGGCUCACGGUAAUCUGAGGGGAUGCUGUUAUAGCCGUCGUCUCCUCUUAUCUUCCGUGACUAUUUCCUGGUUAUCUGGUAAAAACCGUUUCCAGACUUGGCAACCUUUUACGCGUAAAACAACCUCGUCGUAUGCUUCUUGCGUCCAGAACACUGCGAGCGAAAAUGGCCGAUCUGUUGACACCGUAGACAAAUCGGCGGUCGACAAGGAACAUCAAUCAGGGGAGUCUUCCCAAAUAUCCUCAUUCUGUGAGGGAUCAUGUCCUGUUCGCCUUCUGGUAUGACACGCGUCAUCACUCUGGUAUAGGUUUGGAGCGAAACCUUUGUAAUUACUGUCGUCUCACGCUUUAUAUUGACGACGUUACCAUAAAACCGUCAAAGUGAGUAGCAAUGGCAUCGUCUGACAUACAUGACUGUUAACGAUGUACACGGAUGGUCAGUCUACGCUGGUCACAGGGCUCCGGGUGUAGAGUGAAGUGUUCCCAUUCAAUGACGCCGGUUUCGACAAUCCUGUCAACUUCUUUCUUGGAUGAGACCAUGGCGAACCAGGAAUUUGGAGCCUCACACCGGAAAACGGACUUCAGUUAUUCAGUCGCCAUCCAGGAGAGACUUCUCUGUCUCGAAACGGGUCACGGUUUUUCUUUUGGAACCGGCAACGAGUAACCUGAUUGAUCAUGAACUCUGAUUGAUCAUGAACUCCUCAGGACAUUAAUGUCGAUGUUGGCAUCUGUCAUUAUGAGCGGACAGCUGGCCCCGUUGAACUUAGCUAGCAAAAAGGCCGAGAAGCGAUCUAGAUAUGCUUGUAUAUACGCGCUAAGUCACUUAAUUAAGUGACAAGUAAUCUAUAUCAUGUAAGACCAUAUUUGUUAUAUAUAAACUUUAUGUUUAGUUUAGUCGAGCGAUGUGUUAAUUUUAUGCCAUUGAUUUGGUUUGGUUUGGUUUAUUUUGUUUAACGUCCUAUUAACAGCAAAGGUCAUUUAAGGACGGCCUCCCGUGCGUGCGACAUAUGUGUUUUGGGAGGCUAUGCCAUUGAUAUAUGGCUAUAGUCUAGGUAUAAGACGGGAAAACAUGUUUUUAAUGUAUAUGUAUAUUGCAGAAAUUUGUGUAUUUUAAAAUAUCUAACAUCUAUCUGAUAGAG